UGGUAGUGUGACCACCCUUGAGUUAAAUUUCAAAAUAAAUCAAUUUUUGGAUUUACGCAAAAAUUUCCAUGUGUUUGAUAAAUACAUUAUGUCUGUGUUUAAGAAUCGCAGUAGAUGUAAUUGUUGUCCCCGGCAGCAAAAGCCGUACAAGGAGAUGAAAUGGAAGAUGGGAAAACUAAAUUACAGUGAUGAUUGGGCUUUCUCGAAGAUCCCUGAUUAUCCAUCCAUUUGUAAAGAAAUUGGAGCCGAUAAACAUGCCUAUAAGGUCCUGUGUGGAUGCAGGAAAAGAAGAAUUAGAACUCCUGAAAAGGAAAAUCGAACCCUUACGCAACAUGAAGAUCUUCGGAAAAGUAAAACUACACUUGAAGGAUGCAACGCCAGACUACUCGAAGUCUACCAAGCACCGCUCGUCCAGAGAUCCUUCUUUGGUAAUAAGAAGCCCAAGUGGCGGGAGGAAAUCGAGAAAAGGCUUCAAAAGGAGGCCAAGGCAGAGGAGGAGAAGAAUAUGGUGGCUAUGCUACAGAAUCAAGUUAAGAAACUCGAGGCACAUGAAAAGUUCCAGCGACUCUUUGAGCUAAAUCAAAAGCGAUCCAUUCGAUGGAGGCUUGAAAAGGAGCAGGUGCUUAAAAAACCAGGAAAGGAUUUCUAUGGUAAAGAAAAACCUAUAAAAGAAAAGAGGAAAAAGAUAACGCCCGAACAGGUGGAGAAAGACCUGAUGAAGAUUUUUAGCAAGGUGGGAAGAAUUGGCAAGGACAAGAAGAAAGUGGGCACAGAAACUACUGAUGAAGUAUUAAAUAUCCCACUUGGAACGUAUGAGAAGAGUCAUAGCAUCAAGGAUGCUGAGAGGUUUCGAGAGUUUAUUACCGACCUGUGUCUACCUGCGAAGAAUUUAAAAAAGGGAAUCGCCGAGAAGUCCACUCCCUACUCCCACUUCCAGAAUGACUCAUUGGCUUUAAUCGAUAAAAGCGAUCCCCACCCUGAUUCUGUUGAUCAAAUGCCAGAGGCUAAGGCUGUAAAAGUUCCCCAGUUUUAUUCGCUUCGGGAAAAUCAGAAUUUACCAGUUGAGAUUCAAAAAAAUAGAACUACUCAUGUGGGAGCGAAGUUUUCAUGGAACUAUAGGCAAAUGGUGAAAGCUAAAUAUGUGCUCAAGCCAAAGAUGUCAAAGCCCUUCGAUAAACUGGUCCAAGGAAAGAACGUCGAGAUUCCCGAACUGUUAUCUGCUCUCAAGAGUCGUGAUAAAAUUCCUCUUGAAAGAAAUUUAAAUAAAGAAGAAAGGGAAAAGGCAGACAAAUCCCUUUCUCACAAAUCUAGACCGAAAGAAGACUCCGAGCCGAAUUACGGAGUUUCCAAAAAGGUCAAGUCCUGGCACAUGCCUACCGACAACCGACAAACCGACAAAUCUAGCCACUUGCCUAGCGGUGAACUAAAACCAAAAUUUUCCAAACAGUUUCACAAAAUGCUAAGGGGGAAAGAGAAGCAUAAUCCUGAGCUUAAUGAUGUCCUAAUGAGCCAUCACGAAAUAUUGCCGAAUAUGAAGAGUGCAGAAAAAUCAUCUUCCGGAAAGCGGAAGGUUAAACAGAAAACGGAAUCCGAGCCGAAUUAUGGAGUUUCUAAAACCAAUCAAUUUAGGCACUUGCCUAGUGGUGAAAUAAAACCUCAAUUUAGCAAACAGUUCCAUGAAACGUUGAGGGGCAAGGAAGCCACUAUGCCCGAACUAAAUGAGGCUCUUAUGAGCCAUCACGAAAUAUUCCCUGACAAAACAGGAUCAGGAAAGUCCACUCCUGGAUUCCCCAAGGGCAGACUGAAACCCAAAUACGAAACGACCUACGGAGUAUCCAAAAUUGCUACAUCCAGGCACCCGAUGCGAAACCAAAAAGAGGUCGAGAUGAGCCAACCACGAAUAAUCCCUGUUAAUUCGGAUGGAUAUAAGAAUAAUUCGCUACGUAGUAUUUUGAAAUCAAAGGCUUCCCUUUCUUCCCACCAAAUUCUAAACGACAUGGACAAAAAGGGCUUGAGCUUCCCUUCGAAUAUGCCAAAGGAGAAAAAAACACAGGCACCUGUUGUGUCCUCAAGUAAACAUCGCCCUUACCUUAUCGGGAAAAAGCUAGAAAAGUUUAAUUAUUAUAUCAGGAACUCACUGCCAGAUCGGAAAAUAAUAGAGCAGAGCGGCUCGAAGGAUGCAAUUUGCUAUUUGAAUACAAAGAGUAUUACCAACCUGAUGAGUGAAAAAUCGGGUCCGAUCAGGUACAAUGAAAUAUCAGAGAUGGCAGGGAAGAGCGGGCAUCCAAGUGGUUCGGACAUUACCCAGUCCUUCCAGACCGUAAGUGAGAGGGAAAAGGCAUCAGAUAGUGCUAUGUUCGACGCCGACCCAAAGGACUACCAAGACACAAACUUGAAAAAGACACUGAGCAAACUAAUCACCAGCUUUGUCAAAGCACAAAAGGCCAAGAAAAAAUCCAAAUCGAAGCACAGGGUGAUGCCAAGUGCAUGUCCAUCGGACUCGGAGCUGAAAACCCGAAGGAAUAGUUCCGUUUCACUGAAAUCGGUGCGUGACGAGAUCAAGCAGUUCGAGCACGAAGCCCUCAAGGAAUUUGCCUGGCAAAAGCAAUACCAGGAGGAGUUUGUGGUUGAGGAGAAGGCCGACGUGCAGGCACGCAUCCAGGAGCUGAUGAAGUAUGUUGCUAUCCGUGAGGAUUUUCAGCCACCAAAACCACCAAGGGAUUUCAUAAAGGAAAACAUCGAGAUGCUCCAGAAAAUGCGACUGCGGAAGAUAGAACAAACCAAGAAAAAGCGGAAACCCAAUCAAAAAUACCCCAAUUUGAUACAGAAGUUGCAGAUGCCGGAGCGCUCCAACUUUUUCGGCCAGCAACUGUCAGAUACAACGUAUGAACUCACAAAAAAACGAUGCUGUAGAAGCCAGGAUCAACAAGAGCAUCAGCAGGCAAAGCCAAAGGCACCUGAAAAGACAGUGUUAAAGGAGACCCAGAAAUGUGACACAUUUGAUUCGCAUACAAGUGAAUUUUUAAAGCCAGAUUCUGACUUAACCCAGAAGACAAAACACAUAAAUUGCGAAAAAGGGAAAAAGGUGUAAAUAAUGAGAAGAAUAAGGAGGAAUGGUGCCCUAAAGACUUUUAAAUUCUAAAAUACUCAAUAUCCCUAACAUAGAAUCCUUGAAGAGAACAAUAAUCCAUGAAGAAUCAUUAUAAAGACAAUGCAUUUUGUCAUCUUAUGAUUGUCCAAAGAUUAUUUUCCGAUUCAAGGUAUUUCAGUGUUUUUAGUAUAAAAUGUGUUACUGAAUACAAUUUUUGCAAUCUUGAAUUUGA